CACAACCAGCGGAGCGACGGACCGAACUUCUUUUCCAUCGUGAAAUUCACGGCCCGUUUGUUCGUUUUUGCUGUCGGUCGUGACCGUGGUGCGCUGUAAAGGGCGGUUUCAUCGACGAUUCCGUGCUUCCGAGAUCAAGUUUGCGUUUGUCGUGUUUGCAGCAGUACGCGAGGACAACUGCGAGAAGAUAUUUUUAGGCACCACCAAACUCCUGAUCCUGUUGCCGUUCCUGGUGCUUCGUUUUGUCUAAAGAUAGAGUGAGAUUGUCAUAAUGUUCAUCUGGGACUGGUUCACCGGAGUUCUCGGUUACCUAGGGCUGUGGAAAAAAUCGGGAAAACUGCUGUUCCUUGGGUUGGAUAAUGCGGGCAAAACGACACUGCUACACAUGCUGAAGGACGAUCGACUAGCACAGCACGUUCCGACGCUCCAUCCUACUUCCGAGGAACUUUCGAUAGGAAAUAUGCGCUUCACAACUUUCGAUUUGGGUGGCCACACACAAGCACGACGCGUUUGGAAGGACUAUUUCCCUGCAGUGGACGCGAUCGUGUUCCUGAUCGAUGCCUGGGACCGAAGCCGAUUCACGGAGAGCAAAAACGAACUCGACUCACUGCUAACGGACGAAGCGCUGUCGAACUGUCCGGUGCUGAUUCUCGGCAACAAGAUCGACAAACCGGGCGCAGCGAGCGAAGACGAGCUCCGAAACUAUUUCGCGCUCUACCAGCUGACCACCGGCAAGGGGAAGGUGGCGCGUUCCGAGUUGCCCGGCCGCCCGCUUGAGCUGUUCAUGUGUUCCGUGCUGAAGCGGCAGGGUUACGGCGAAGGGUUCCGCUGGUUGGCGCAGUACAUCGACUAAUAACGUGUAGCUCAGCGCAAACUUUCCACUAUCCCCUUUCCUUCACCAGCAGAUAGCGUUUCGUGUUGUUUUUCCAUUUCCUCGUCUUUCUCUUGAGUAUCCAUGGGUGCGCGGGUUUUAAAGGUAAAAAAAUACACACCGACCUGGAAGUCUGAACUCUUCCCCGCCAAGGACUUUCCGCAGUGAUCUUGUUUAGUGUGUGCCAGCAGAGUCCGGGUCGCGGAGAAUACUCCUGCGAGUGGUGAAUAAGAAGCAAAUACGAACGUUUUCAACGUUUCGAAAGUGAGCGAUAAUCGUACGCGGGUACGUACAUUCCCGGGCAAUGCACGGGUAACUCUGGAUGCGACGAGGCGAAAUAGAGUUCAAGCCAAGGAAAACUUAAAUGUAUUUUUGCUUUAGCGAAUCGUA